CAGUGCCGCCACCUGCGCUCCAGCCCUGCGGGCCGCCCCCUGCAGGCCCACGGCAGGGCCCUGGCACCCGAACCGGAUGAGUGCGCGCGAUGCUGCGCUGCUGACCUUGGGCCCAAGGCCCCUGCUGCCCAGGACGCGAGUCGGAGUGCCCCGAGGUCGGAAUCUCGGCUCUGGGCUUCCCAGCCUACUCUGGCGACGGCGCUGACCCCGGACUCAGCCCUGCCUGGGUUCUUGCCUGUAUUCCUGCCUCUCUCUCUGCAGUGGCCUGGGCGCCAGAGACCUCAGCCGAGAUGCCGCGCCAGUUUCCCAAGCUGAACAUCUCCGAGGUGGACGAGCAAGUCCGGCUCCUGGCAGAGAAAGUGUUUGCUAAAGUGCUCCGAGAAGAGGACAGCAAAGAUGCCCUGUCCCUCUUCACUGUCCCCGAGGACUGCCCCAUUGGGCAGAAGGAGGCCAAGGAGAGGGAGCUGCAGAAGGAGCUGGCGGAGCAGAAGUCCGUGGAGACGGCAAAAAGAAAGAAAAGUUUCAAGAUGAUUCGGUCCCAGUCCCUGUCUCUGCAAAUGCCUACGCAGCAAGAUUGGAAGGGUGCCCCGACAGCCAGUCCGGUCCUGUCUCCCACUACCCCUGUGUUCCCUGGAGCCACUUGCCAGCCCACGCCAGGGCCCUAUGCCAUUCCCGAGUUCCAGCGGGUCAUCAUCAGUGGAGAUUACUGUGCUGGGAUCACCGUGGAGGACUAUGAGCAGGCUGCCAAAAGCCUAGCCAAGGCCCUGAUGAUACGGGAGAAGUAUGCCAGACUUGCCUACCAUCGCUUCCCACGGACCACGGCCCGGUACCUGGGUGACCAGAGGGUAGACAGUGCACCUCCAGAGGAGGGCCUCCCAGACUUCCACCCUCCCCCUCCACCCCAGGAAGACCCUUACUGUCUGGAUGAUGCUCCCCCCAACCUGGGCUACCUGGUCUGCAUGCAGGGGGGCAUCCUCUUCGUGUAUGAUAAUAAGAAGAUGCUGGAGCGCCAGGAGCCCCACAGCCUACCCUACCCCGACCUGGAGACCUACACAGUGGACAUGAGCCACAUCUUGGCUCUUAUCACGGAUGGUCCCACGAAAACAUACUGUCACCGGCGACUAAACUUUCUGGAAUCCAAGUUCAGUCUUCAUGAGAUGUUAAAUGAAAUGUCUGAGUUCAAAGAGUUGAAGAGUAACCCUCACCGAGACUUCUAUAAUGUGAGAAAGGUGGACACGCACAUCCACGCAGCUGCCUGCAUGAACCAGAAGCACUUGCUGCGCUUUAUCAAGCACACGUACAAGACAGAGCCUGACAGGACUGUGGCCGAGAAGCGGGGCCGGAAGAUCACCCUGCGGCAGGUGUUCGACAGCUUGCACAUGGACCCAUAUGAUCUCACUGUCGAUUCACUGGAUGUCCAUGCGGGCCGGCAGACAUUCCAUCGCUUUGACAAGUUCAACUCCAAAUACAACCCUGUGGGGGCCAGUGAGCUGCGUGACCUAUAUUUGAAAACUGAAAACUACCUGGGAGGAGAGUACUUUGCUCGGAUGGUCAAGGAGGUGGCCAGGGAGCUGGAGGAGAGCAAGUACCAGUACUCAGAGCCACGGUUGUCCAUCUAUGGCCGCAAUCCCAAGGAGUGGCCCAAACUGGCCCGCUGGUUCAUCCAGCACAAGGUCUACUCACCCAACAUGCGCUGGAUCAUCCAGGUGCCCCGGAUCUAUGACAUAUUUAGGUCAAAGAAGCUGCUGCCAAGCUUUGGGAAGAUGCUGGAGAAUAUCUUCCUGCCCCUUUUUGAGGCCACAAUCAACCCCCAGGAUCACCGAGAGCUUCAUCUUUUCCUCAAAUAUGUGACAGGGUUUGACAGCGUGGAUGAUGAAUCCAAGCACAGCGACCACAUGUUCUCAGACAAGAGCCCCAACCCAGACAUCUGGACCAGUGAGCAGAACCCGCCCUACAGCUACUACCUGUACUACAUGUAUGCCAACAUCAUGGUGCUCAACAACCUCCGCAGGGAACGAGGCCUGAGCACUUUCUUGUUCCGGCCUCACUGUGGAGAGUCUGGCUCCAUCACCCACCUGGUGUCUGCGUUCCUGACUGCUGACAACAUUUCCCAUGGGCUACUCCUCAAGAAGAGUCCGGUGUUGCAGUAUCUCUACUACCUUGCUCAGAUCCCCAUUGCCAUGUCUCCUCUUAGCAACAACAGUCUGUUCCUUGAAUAUUCCAAAAACCCUCUGAGGGAAUUCCUGCACAAGGGACUCCAUGUUUCUCUCUCCACUGAUGACCCCAUGCAGUUCCACUAUACAAAGGAAGCACUUAUGGAAGAAUAUGCAAUUGCCGCUCAAGUGUGGAAGCUGAGCACGUGUGACCUGUGUGAAAUCGCCAGGAACAGCGUGCUGCAGAGUGGCCUCUCCCAUCAGGAGAAGCAAAAGUUUCUGGGACAAAAUUAUUAUAAAGAAGGACCUGAAGGAAAUGAUAUCCGAAAGACAAAUGUUGCUCAGAUCCGGAUGGCGUUCCGAUACGAGACCUUAUGCAAUGAGCUCAGCUUCCUGUCUGAUGCCAUGAAAUCAGAAGAGAUCACAGCUCUGACCAAAUAGGUCCAGCAGUGGACAAUGCAUUUUAACUUUCUGGUUUAAUUUCAAGUUUGCUGCGAUUAACAGUGGUCAAGAUAUCAAACUAGGACCGUCCUCCAUGUAGAGGAUGCCUCUGACUAGUGAUUUUGGUUGUACUGUUCACUUUAAGAUCUAACAUGCCCACUUCUGUUAGUAUUUCUGAGUAGUAGAUGGUGACUCCUCCUUGGGGAUCUGGGAGCUGGACACUUGUCUGUACUCAUUCCUAAUUUUCCAAAUAUGUCUCUUGAAACAGCUAGUGCUUGCAUUGUUGGGGCCAGGAUCUUGCAAGGUCCAGUGCCUACUGACAUGAGGUCUGUGUGGUUUUCUGCCAAAAUCCUCUAUAGACCCUGCAGGCUAGUUGGUAGUUGUUCAUUUCAGCCUCUGGCUGGCUGCCUUAAACAAAAUCAAUUUCAAAGCUCCCUUUCAUAAAGGAACUACUUUGAGAGAAUUAAAAUAGAAAAUUUCCUUCUUGACAAUUUGCAUUUUUUAUGAAUUUCUUAAAAUGUUUUACUUAGCCCUCCUAUUUAGGAAGCCACAUAUGCACAUUGAACCAAUCGCUUCUGUUCUGUGUCUUGGUUUUCUCAUCUGAAAAGUACGGGUUUGGACUAGAUGAGUAGUUCUCAAAUGUUCUGUGAAUGCCCCCCCUCCUGGACCACUUCAGGAGGAGGGGGAGGGCAGGGGGAGUGAGGUUCUGGAUGCCGCUUUCUUCAAAGCAACUCUUUCAUCACUUUUACACUGGGGCUUCUACAUAUUUUCAUUUGAACUACAGACUUUGGAAAACAUAGGAUUAGAUGAUCCCUGUUCCUUUUGGUUCUAAUAUUUGGACUAUAGCCCAAUUACCAUUUUACUUAUGAAAAGUUAGGGCCAGAGAGGUGAAAUUUGCUUAAGGUCACACAGCUAAUAAGUAAUAGGACCAGAACUACUUUCCCUACUCCUCCUAAUCCAGUCCUUUUCCCCACUGUUCCAUUAGGCCUCACAGAUGUUAAAUUUUACCAGUGUAACCUGUGCAUUUUUUUAAGGUGAAAUUUCUCCCUUACCUAACAUGCAGACUUCUUUAGAAGAUAUAAGUGGUCCCAGGGGCCAGGUAGAAAUUAUUUUUAAGACCAAACUGAAUUUAAGCUUUACCAAUGUACUCUUCAUCUGUGUUACUAGUGCCUGGUACAUAGUAGGUGCUCAAUAAAUGUACAUUGAAUAACUGAAUGAAUUUCUCUUUUGGCAAUUUUUUAAGGAUAUGUGCUCCUAGUAUGCAACAAGCUGCUCAAGGACCUUUCUAUUUCUGUGGGCAAAUGCAGAUGAUGACAAGCCUUUCUAAAUUAUUAUAGACUUAGAAGAACUCUAUUUUUGCCUGUGAAGAUGCUUAUUUGACUUUAGAUGGUCUUGUCCUGUGACUUUAUAAUGCUUAUCCCCUCUACCGAUUAACUCAGCAUAUGGAACAAUAAAUGUAGUCUUUUUAUUAGGCAGACAUGUAUGCUAUCUUCCAGCUAAUGAUGAAACUAACUGAAAACCCAGUAUUUAUCUUACACAUUCAUUAUUUUUGAAAAGGCCCCAUUUGUAUACAUUUGUCCUAACUCAGCAAUUAUUGUACAGUUUUUAAUUGUCAUUUUAUCUGUACCAAGUAUUUGUUUUUAAUUAUUAAAUAAAUGUCUCAAUAAUUUAAAACUA